GAUACACUUAUGGCAACAUUGUAUUACAUAGCGAUCGGCAAGAAGUCUUCUACUGGCCAUAAUCAGCCUAUAAUACGAAUGACCAACGAAGAUUCGUCAGUUCAAGUAGUGGACACAAGUCUACAACAGCGGAUGACAGGUUCUACCAGUGCAGCAACAGGCAGUAUACAGCUCAUCCUGACAGAUCUGACAUGUACUGAUACUGCCUCUACAUACUACUGCAGAACGUUUUACUUGAAUGGAGAAACUGGAAAUGAUGAGACAACGGCCAACAUCACUGCUAGAACUUACCCAGAGCAGAUAGAGAUGUUCCCAUCUCCUGACAGGGUCCAGUAUGACAAUGGUCAGGUUUUGUAAAUAAGAUGUACAGGCAGGAUUGGGAACCAGUUUGAUGAGAACAACCUCCAGAACCUGUGGACAUGGGAGUGGCGAUCUGUAGAUACCGAGUUCAUCUCCUGGACACUGUACCCAAACGA